GUUGAUUAAAUAAGCAUAAUACAGUUCAUUCCCAUCAAUUUGUAAUUAAGAGAGAAAGGAGAAAAUAGCAAUGGAAAGAAGAUUGAUAUUGACAUGGGUUCUGGUCCUCUGCACCGCCAUGGCGCCUUGCCUAGGUUACUACUCCCAUAGCAAGCCAUAUGUUCCUCCGAGGGAGAAAGUCACCAAACUCCACUUCUUUUUUCACGAUUUUAUCAGCGGCCAAAACCCCACUGCCAUCCUGGUAGCCCGUCCUAACUUUACCACCGCCUUCAACGACACACCGAUCCCAUUCGGUAGCGUUUAUGCCACCGAUGAUCCCAUCACCGUGGGUCCUAACCUGACGUCAGGAGUCAUUGGGAAUGCUCGAGGCCUCUGGACUUCCACCGGCCAAGACGUGUUGACUUUGGUGGUUUACUGGGAUAUUGGGUUCACUCAGGGUAAAUUCAAUGGGAGCUCCAUCAGCGUGUUCUCAAGGAAUCCUAUUACGCAGACGGAGCGUGAGCUUUCCAUUGUCGGAGGCAGAGGAAAGUUCAGGAUGGCCAAAGGGUUUGCACAGCUUAGGACUCACUUCGCUGAUUUCUCGACUGGUGAUGCCGUUGUGGAGUGUAAUGCUACUGUGAUUCAUCACUGAGAUUCGGUUUUUGUGAGUGUAAUGCCCUGUCUUGUGCUGGUCUAUUCUCUUAUCUUGUAUUCAUUGCUUAUUUCUUGUACUUUAUUCUAAUAUAAUUCAUUUCGCUGUUAAGUAAAAACAAAAAUUCUUGUCCGUCUUCCAACAGAAAGAA